AAGCCGCGCUUGAUUCUCUACUCAGAGCGGGGAAAUGGCUGCCGAUCGUUCUUAGGCGAGUGCAGAAACAGAAACAGAAACAGAGGACGGAAAAGAAAAGGUGUCAACGUUGUCAGUGCAAACAAGCGCAAAGUGUAAUCGUGUGCUUAAAAGUCCAAAAGAACUGAAAACCGGAUGCAAAACUAAAUUCUGUGCGUGGAUACAUUUCGUAAUUUGUGGGUCCGGGCUGCAGGAAGGCGACCCGUCAGAGGCCGUCGUUGGAAAAUGACCGGAAAUGCGCACACAUCUAUGGAGGCAGAGAGAGAGAGAGAGAGAGAGACGACGACGACGGCGACGAGACCAACUGACACGCCUGCGCACAGGCCAUUCCCCGUUUCAUGCCGGAAAAGCCUCUACGAAAACAUAUUUGUCGGAAAGCAAUAGCCUAGCCUGACCAAUUUCAAAGAAGCUCUGGCCAGAAGAAACAGAAGUUUAGGGUUUCGUUUCACAUGUGUGUUCAAUCAAUAAAAAAAUAGAAAUGUUAUGGCGGCGAUAAAUUGCGAUGCCACCGUACAACAAUAACAACUAACGGCAGCCAAGUGCAAAUAAUAUUACAAUUUGCGUUUAUGGUGGUAUUAAAACAAAAAAGUAAAAGCGUGUACCCCCAGCAAGUGCUGGGAGAGAUGGUCAACAGCACUUGGCACUCAUUUGCAUGGCGCUGGCGAAGCUCUUUGUUGCUUUCCGGCGACGACACGCGUCGCCAUUCAGAUGAGUCACAAUCAAAAGGCUUGGCCGGAGAAGGUGGAGGCCCAGGCCAAGGCACAGGCACUGCCCCUUCUCCACAAAACAGUGGAAACCGCAAGUGACAGCGGAGGUAGAGAUAGAGGAAGAUAUAGAGAUUCACUUGGCUACACCCCGAGAAGUUCACAGUGCCAUUGGGCGCCCGAAACAGAUUUCGUAAUAACGUUUAAUGACAAAUACAGUACACAAGCGAGUGUAGAAAUUUUGUAUACUCGCAAUCCCCUGUACCCAGUACUGUGUAGUAUAGUGGGGGAAAAAAAAUGAAAAGCAUAACGUCAUCAGCCGCUGAUUUUCCAUGAGUUUCCAGCCAAACGAAGCGUGCAACCAAAAAAUAAAAAAUGACAAAAAGAAAAACACGAUCCAAGCGCAAUACAAAUUGUAUUGUGUUUCGACGCGUAGCUGUUAGACGAUCGAAUCAAGUGGUGCUCCCGAGGCUCACGUAGUAUAUAUAGUUCAUCUAUUAAUAUCCCAGCCAGAGCAGACAAUGCAGUCAAGGACCACAGCGGGUUGCUCGUCGGCGCCCUGGGGGAGUUUCAACCUCAACGGAGAAGGCGGUGGAGAACAUCCAGCUACACCUUCAGUCGGUCUCUGCUAGUGCCAACCUGUUAAUUUCUAAGGCAAAAAGGCAAAACUGUGUGCAUUCGAUGAACAUGACAGCUCCGAGUCCAAAAACAACCGCCAGAGAAGCCACAAUAAAACCCGAGCGAGAAAUCAAACGAUCUACAGAACAAGCAUUCAACGCAUAUUAACGCAAAGCGCUUCAAAUUAACACUGAAAAACAAACAGAAAAAAAUAUAAAAUGGAUACAAUGGCAACUACUAAACGGCCAGAAAUGGAACAGUUUUUGUUGGAUGUGCGCGCCCACUUUCGUGCCUCGCUGGAGACAUCCGAGUACGAAAACACCUCGAAUCUCUUCCACAUGACGGCCGCCGAACAGACGGCGGAGCUGCUGGAGCGCUGCGAGCUGCUGCUGGCGGGCUAUGCAGACGCAGACGUCCAGGUGCCAGCUCCAAGCAUCAAGUCGAAUGGGAAUGGAAUGGGCGACUGUGUCGAUAGCAAAGUGGGCGCGGAGACCGGUCCCAGUUGCUAUCUGGAGAUGUUGUCCUCGCCAUCGUCGUCCAAGAACUCGCUGGCCGCAUCGCGGGAGUAUAUCGAUCUGAGCAGCAGUGGCUCCUUGGACAGUGACAAGACUUUUCGCUUCUCCGCCAACCCACCAGGAGCAGGUUCAGUUGCUAAGGAUGAUAAGGAACAGCAGCUGUAUGAGACCUGUCAGAGCCAGGGUCAGGGCCAAGACCAGGGCGAGGAUGAGGCGCAAAAGGUCAUAACCUUCACCCACGAGCUGAUCAUUGACUGUCCAUACGCAGACCUUCCCGCCGGACACCUGUCUCUGCAGAGAUCCACCAAAUACGGACAGCUUCAGCGGAUUGUACCAAAGCGCUUGUUCUUCGAUCAGACCAGAAAGUGCUACUGCGGCAUCCUCAACGAGUGGAUGCUCUGCUAUGCGGAUGGUCCGACUGCCUGCCGGCCCAGCAGCAGUCUCUACCUGAAAAGCUCCGCCAUUGAGAUCGAGCACUUUGGCGAGGGGAAACGGCGUGACAUUUGCUUCCAGAUAACCACCGACGAUCCCAACAAGAAGUUCGUUUACCAGGCCAACAACGAGGUCGAUGCCAAAGAGUGGAUCCACGCCAUUGAGGCAGCCAUACGUGGCGAUGCCACCACCACUGUACACCAGUCCCUGAAGAGCCCGCUUCCACGCAAACUGCCCACACCGCCAGUCACGAAGAGAAUAAACUAUUCAGCUACGCCCACAACAACGGACUGCAUUUACGAAGAGCCUUCGCCCAUUUACAACCUUACCGUGGAUUUGUCGGGGACGCCACCCAAACUGCCUGAGAAGACUCAUAGUCCAAGCGCCCUGGCCAGGCGCUUUGAGUAUGACGUGCCAAAGUGUCCGCCGCAGCCGCUGAAGGAGGCGACAUCAUCCGUCGGGGAGGUGGAAACGAUGGUGCUACUUAGUGAUGGCGGAACCAAGGCGCAGACACAGCCACAACCACAACCGUCCAGUCUGCACGACAGUCUGGUCAUGGACUUCCACGCCAAGGUAAAGACCGUCCACAGUGAGCUGUCUACGCAGCUGUCGCCAGGCGGUCCCAGUCCGGAGCGCCUGAAGAAGGCGGUGAAGAAGAGCUACUCCUGCGCAAGCAACAGCAGCGAUUCGGAGCAGCUGUCGCUGUCGCUGACGAGUCCUGCUCAAAGCCCCAACAACAAGGAGCAGAAGAAGCAACGCAAAUCUCAGACAUCAGCACAGACGAGUCCGCAGAAGAUGACGUCCACGCCCGGGAAGGACUGUGAUAAGCUGGCGAGGAAUUGGUUUCUCAGUCGUCUCAAUAAGAGCACAGGACAGAAGACAGCGAGCACGGCCAGCGCUGCGCCCGCCAAUACCAAGUGCAAGCAGAGCGAGAAGGAGAAUCUGCUGACAGAUCCGGAUCUCGGGGAGGGCUACGGCUAUGAUGGGGCACUUCCAGGCGAACGCGACCUGAGUUUGUCGAACAGCAGUCCCUCCUCCCCCAGCCUGAAAGCCGAGGCCAAGAGCAAAGUGAACAUGAUCAUCAAUCAGUUCGAGAGCAGCGGCCAUCUGUCCACCAUGUUCAGCGUGGAGGCGCUGGCGGCGAAUGCCCUGGCCUCGCUCACCUCCUUCUGCGACAACGACAGCUGCAGCAACUACGAGCCCAUCAUGCCACUAUCCACACCUCCCAGCAGCUUCCUCAAGAAGGUGUAGACCAAAUCCAGGUGCACUCAUCGCGAUCUUGCUCGUCUCGUCUCUGCGCGCGCUUUAGUCCUUCCCUCCACAGAUGAAUUGUAGAUUUAGUUCUUAAGCUAGUGGAAACCGCUCUCUGGAUGUC